UUUUCCUCUUUGACAAUCACAUCACUCGCAUCAAGUGCAAAUUUUCCAAUCACAAAGACUGAUCCCGAACGUCUGCUGCUAGGAAAUUUUGUCAAUUUUUCUGUUAUUCAACGAAAACAGGUAACAGCCGAAAACAUGGCGGAUGCUGAAAUGGCACUCAAAAAAUGGGAACUGGAGAACAACGUUGAGACACUGCCGGCCAGCGACGAGAUCUUCCGGUACGACGCGGAGCAACAGCAGCGCAUUUUGACCGCACGGCCUUGGGAGAAGGAUCCACACUUUUUCAAGGACAUCAAGAUUUCCGCCCUGGCGCUGCUCAAGAUGGUGAUGCACGCGCGCUCGGGCGGUGCCCUCGAAGUGAUGGGUCUGCUGCUGGGCAAGAUCGAGGAGGACACGAUGGUGGUGAUGGAUGCCUUCGCACUGCCCGUAGAAGGUACCGAGACCCGGGUGAAUGCUCAAUCCCAGGCGUACGAGUACAUGACGGCUUACAUGGAGGCGGCGAAAGAGGUUGGCCGCUGUGAGAAUGCCAUCGGGUGGUACCAUAGCCAUCCCGGGUAUGGCUGCUGGUUGUCCGGAAUCGAUGUUAACACGCAAAUGUUGAACCAAAACUAUCAGGAACCGUUUGUGGCGAUUGUGGUCGAUCCAGUUAGGACCGUUUCCGCCGGGAAGGUGUGUCUGGGAGCAUUCCGGACCUAUCCCAAGGGAUACAAACCACCAAAUGAGGAGCCCUCCGAAUAUCAAACGAUUCCUCUGAACAAGAUAGAAGAUUUUGGAGUGCACUGCAAGCAGUACUAUCAGUUGGAGGUGUCGUACUUCAAGUCCGCACUGGAUCGUAAAUUGCUGGACUCACUUUGGAAUAAAUAUUGGGUCAAUACGCUGUGCAGUUCGGGAAUGUUAAGCAACGCUGAUUACACCACUGGACAAAUUCUAGAUCUGUCGGAGAAGCUGGAGCUAAGCGAAGCCAGUUUGGGCCGUGGACCGUUCGUCGUUACCGGAACUGAUCCGAAUGAGAAGCGCACCGAGGAUAAACUGUCGAAGGCAACGCGUGAUUGCAGUCGGGCUACGAUCGAGCUAAUCCACGGCCAGAUGGCACAGAUUGUUAAGGACACUUUAUUUAAUGCGAUUAACGUAAAGAACAAAUAAUAUCGUUGCUACAAUGAUGUAUACUCAACUCAAUAAAUACGGAAUUUCACACAAAUAAAA